GCCAAUUCCCACCUCCCCUUCCCUUUAUUCCAGCCUCGUCGGUGCGGAGCCACCUGUGAAUAAUUAGCCGGUGUCGGUUCUCGGCGCGCCGUGGCCAGAGGGGCUGCCAGGUUGCUGUGUACCUGGCAAAUGUUCCCAGACUGAGAAUGGCGUGAUGUGGAGGGCUCUGCAGUGAAAGUGUUAAAUGCCCCUUUCUUUGGAGACCUGCAAACAAAAAAGAAAUAGAAGCCAUUAACCUACCUUGUUCAGAGAGAACAUUAACUCAGCACAACAUGGCCCAGCAUAGUGUUGCCCUUGGAUUAUUCAUGAUGACUGUUUUAUCACUGUUGGAUGGAAGUUCAGCUUUCCUGUUAAAUCAGCGUCUGAAGGGAAGAUUUCAAAGAGACCGUAGAAACAUCCGCCCGAACAUCAUCCUUGUUCUUACUGAUGAUCAGGAUGUAGAACUUGGUUCUAUGCAAGUGAUGAACAAAACCAGACGGAUCAUGGAGCAGGGGGGCGCCCAUUUCAUCAACGCCUUCGUGACGACGCCCAUGUGCUGCCCGUCGCGCUCCUCCGUUCUGACGGGCAAGUACGUCCACAACCACAACACCUACACCAACAACGAGAACUGCUCCUCUCCCUCCUGGCAGGCUCAGCACGAAAUCCGCACCUUCGCCGUGUACCUCAACAACACGGGCUACAGGACAGCUUUCUUUGGGAAGUACCUAAAUGAAUACAAUGGCUCCUAUGUGCCUCCUGGUUGGAAAGAAUGGGUUGGAUUACUUAAAAACUCUCGAUUUUACAACUACACACUCUGUAGAAAUGGAGUGAAGGAGAAGCAUGGAUAUGACUACUCCAGGGAUUAUCUAACUGAUCUGAUUACCAAUGACAGUAUUACCUUCUUCAGACUCUCAAAGAAGAUGUAUCCUCACAGGCCCGUGCUGAUGGUUAUAAGCCAUGCUGCUCCUCACGGCCCUGAAGAUUCAGCCCCUCAGUACUCACAUCUCUUUCCUAAUGCCUCCCAACACAUCACUCCCAGUUAUAACUAUGCUCCAAACCCAGACAAGCACUGGAUCAUGAGGUAUACUGGUCCCAUGAAGCCCAUACACAUGGAGUUCACCAACAUGCUCCAGAGAAAGCGCCUCCAAACACUCAUGUCUGUGGAUGACUCAAUGGAGAUGAUUUACAACACAUUGGUUGAAACGGGAGAACUGGACAACACAUAUAUAAUAUACACAGCAGACCAUGGUUACCACAUUGGGCAGUUUGGGCUGGUGAAAGGGAAGUCCAUGCCCUAUGAGUUUGACAUCAGAGUUCCUUUCUAUGUCCGAGGUCCAAACGUGGAGGCUGGGUCCUUGAAUCCUCACAUUGUGUUGAAUAUCGACCUCGCACCUACCAUUCUGGAUAUUGCUGGGCUGGAUAUUCCCUCUGACAUGGAUGGUAAAUCCAUUCUAAAGCUGCUGGAUUCUGAGAGACCAGUAAAUAGGUUCCAUUUAAAGAAGAAGAUGAAGGUGUGGAGAGACUCGUUCCUGGUGGAAAGAGGCAAACUGCUGCAUAAGAGGGAGAAUGAGAAGGUAGAUGCCCAAGAAGAAAACUUUCUACCCAAAUACCAGCGUGUGAAAGACCUCUGUCAGCGAGCUGAGUAUCAAACAGCUUGUGAACAGCUUGGCCAGAAGUGGCAGUGUGUGGAAGAUGCCAGUGGAAAGCUGAAGCUGCACAAGUGCAAGGGAAUGGCGAACUUGGCAGCUGCAGGGAACCGCAAAGGCACCUCCAAUCUCUUACCCAAGUACUACAGCAGGAACAGGGAAGACUGCAAUUGUGAGGAGAAUGAAUACAAGCUGAGCCACGUUGGGCAAAGAAAGAAACUCUUCUCCAAGAAAAAAUUCAAACCAAGCUAUGUCCGGAAUCGCUCCGUCCGUUCCGUGUCCGUGGAGCUGGAGGGAGCUGUUUAUAGCCUGGGUUUGGAGGAUGGAUUCCAGCCCAUCUUACCAAGGAACAUCUCCAAGCAGCGCAGGGUGCAGAGGGCUGUUCUGCACGAGGAGGAAGACAGAGACAUGGGGGAGUACAGUGGCACUGGUGGCAUUGCAGAGUACACAGCCCCUAACCUGAUCAAAGUGACCCACAGGUGUUACAUCCUGGAGAAUGACACUGUUCAGUGUGACACAGAUCUGUACAGGUCCCUGCAAGCCUGGAAGGACCAUAAACUUCAUAUUGACCAUGAGAUUGAAACCUUGCAAAAUAAAAUAAAAAACCUGAGGGAGGUGAGAGGUCAUCUAAAGAAGAAACGACCCGAGGAGUGUGAUUGUAACAAGAUAAGUUACCAUUCCAAACACAAAACCAAACUGAGGCACAAGGGAUCCAGUCUUCAUCCUUUCAAGAAGGCCCUCCAGGAGAAGGACAGGCUGUGGCUGCUGCGGGAGCAGAGGAGGAAGAAGAAGCUGCGCAAACUGCUGAAGAGAAUCAAAAACAACGACACGUGCAGCAUGCCCGGCCUCACCUGCUUCACCCACGACAACCAGCACUGGCAGACUGCUCCCCUGUGGACACUGGGCCCUUUCUGUGCCUGUACCAGUGCCAACAACAACACGUACUGGUGUUUGAGGACAAUCAACGAGACCCACAACUUCCUGUUCUGUGAAUUUGCUACUGGAUUUUUGGAGUAUUUUGAUCUCAAUACCGAUCCAUAUCAGCUGAUUAAUGCAGUGAAUACGCUCGACAGAGAUGUUCUCAACCAACUGCAUGUCCAGCUCAUGGAACUCAGAAGCUGCAAAGGGUAUAAGCAAUGCAAUCCAAGAACCAGGAACAUGGAUCUAGGACUUAAAGAUGGAAGCUACGAGCAAUACAGGCAGUUUCAGCGUCGAAAAUGGCCAGAUGUGAAGAGACCAUCAUCUGCCAAGUCACUAGGACAACUGUGGGAAGGCUGGGAGGGCUAAUCUCCCCAACUGCUGCACCUCCAUGAGGAUACAAACUGGCCAGAACUUGAAUCCAUGUACAGACUAAAUGAAUUGUAACAUUAGCCUGAAGGACUGGAUAAACUUUGAGGCUGAAAUAGAUAGAAUGUUUGCACUGGUGAGUGAGUUAAAUAGAGGCAGUGAAACUGUGGGACAUGCUGUCAGAAAUACAGGUCUCUGAACUCCACUAUUGUACCUGCUUUUUGCUUUGGAUUAUACCUCACCUGCUUCACGAGGCAUUUUACUUCCAGAACACACAAGUAAGGCUGAGCCAGGAAUUGAGAGAAGAGGAAGCACAGCCCCAUCCCAAAGAGCCAUUCCAGCGUUUACAGGGACAGCUGAAGGAACUCCAGACGAUUUUCAGUUCAACUCUAUCUUCAGUUGUCACGAGAAACACUUCACAGCCAAGUAUAACUCUAAAGCAAGAUUUAGAAAACAUGGAUGCUUUUCCAUCUGCUGGGGUAGAGGCAGUGGUUGAACAGAACCUUGAGCAGCACUGAGCGUUCUCAACACCACGACAAUUCUCCAGUCCCCUCCGAGGAUACGUUUUAGUUCCACGUCUGUUUGUCCAUCCUUCUGCCACCUCGGUGCAGAUCAGAGAAAAUCCUGACUAACAGAGUUGUGGAGGGGUUGUGUAAAAUAUUGCUCAAUAUACUGUUUGCAAAUCAAUUCCUUCAGGUUGUAAAGAAUUUUGUUAAUAAAAAAGAGUGUAAUGCCCACGCCCCGUUUUUCUCAAAACGUUACUUACUGUUGUCAGAAUUCAUCCAUUUUGAGAAGCACUGAAAGUUUUAGUAAAUGUACAUCUCAAAUUUUAACAACAUGAGAUUUGUAUGAAGGUUUUUUAUGUGGUAACAGCCUAUUGUAUGUACAAAACCAAAACAGUUCCUCUGAGAAAGCAGCGUUUGCUCAGCAGUGUAACUUUUACAUUUAUUUUUUAAAAAAGGCAGCUCUGAGAAUUUCAAUACUUGUAGUCAAUAAACAAUAAUCUAGUUAAUAGUUUAGUCUACAAAAAAAGUAGAAGUUCUGAACGACAGUUACUGUUUAAAGGCUUUUAAAGGGAAAAAAAACCCCCCACCCUAUCAUUUUACUAAAGCACAGUGUACAGAAUUACUUGAGUAUUUUCAUAAGGACAUUAUUAAAUACAUUGUAGUACAGGCCAUUGCAGCACAGGCACUGGGGGUGAGAUUUGUAUUUAUACUUCCUGUUACUCUGCUACCUGUUUUAAAGGCACAUGCCUGAGGGCACUCAUGGGGCAGGACUGGACCAACUGUGGCCUUCACUCCUAACAAAGAGGUUCUUUUUCUUUUAAAACAGAAACUUAACUUGCUCUUUUAGAAAUGUAGUGUAAAAAAAAAAAAAAAAACCCACAGCAUUUUGGAAAUUAUUUUGGAACCCUUCCUGGUUUUGCACAUAAGGAAAAUCAAGUGGCAUUACAUCCAGCCAUACAGAUCUCUGGUACCAAACCCCCCUCUUCUCAGAAAAUAUACUUGGAUUUAGGAACUAAGGAAAAAAACCAAUAAGAACCCCCUAUAAAUCAACAAACUGCUCAAAAAGCAGAAGUGGUGGCUUGGUAAAUGUGUUAUACAGCAAGACUAGGUUUGCAUAUUUGUAUUACAUGUGGUAAGUCAAAUAUACUUCCCAAAAUUUUCUUGCUUUUUUUUAAUUAUGGAAGUAAAAUAUGAUUGCCUGUCCUAAUCUAGCCAUAGAUUUUCUUUGUAACUUGUUACAGCUUUCAUGGAUUAUCAGAAACAUCUAGUAAAUGAUGAUGAGAUCCUGGAUCAAUACAAAUAAGUAAAAAAGGAAACACAAUUUUGCUGCUUCCCAGAGAAAAGUUUUAGCCAUCUGCUAAACUUUACAGGAAGAAUCUGAGGUCAGAUUUUAAAAAAAAUUGGCACUUACCUUUUUUUGUGUGUGUUCAGCCUUUAGUCCUUGGCCAGCUGAGGGUGUGAUGGUCAAAAUCCUGCAGGGCCCAGUGUUCCUGCUCCUGUUGAAAAAAGUCACCGUGUUCCUUUCCUCCAAAUCCUGAGCUGUGGGGUUGUGUGGGACACAAGAAGCAGCUGCUGCUUUGUGAAAGGUAAGUAAGUUGUUGCCAAACUGGGGAAAGCUGCCUCCUCUUCACCUUCCAGCUCCUGUCCAAACUGCUGUUUGAGCUGACAAAGACAACACACCCCAGUUGGUCUGGAUGCGAAAUGGGGCUCAUCAGUGAAAGGUCUCAGUUGUUGCUCCCUCAGCUUUUGCAGCCAAUUAGGAAAAGAUGUAAAUCCUUCUCUGCACAGUUUUCCUCUGUGGCAGCACCAAAUUUUCUCUGACCUUUGCAGGAUACAGUCAUGAACCUUAAAGUAUUAGACAGCUAAUCAAGCUCUGAUUUUAAAUAGAAACCUUUAUUUACAUUAUUAUUAACAUCCAAACACAAAAGCCAGAAGGGCCGUAAUACCUUACAACCAACUCUUUUAUAAAUCAGUCCCCAUGAUUUUUUCUGUUUUGCAAAAUAAAGAUACAGAUAUUUCAAGCAAUACUUACAAUGUAAACUAAACUUAAAUGCAGUUCUCAAUACUGUAUGCCUUCUCCUGAGAAUGUUUUUAAAUAUUGCUCUCAGAAUUACAUGGUUUCAUACUUGCUGUAUCAUUCUGUCAUCUGGUAGUCUGCACAUAAAUUCUAAAAUAAAAGGUGUGCUAAUUGGUGCAACAUUCAAA